AUUACAGCAUUUGCAUUAGUAUACUAGUAGAAUUCUACUAAUACUGGUUAUUUCAGGAGGCUGGCUUCUGAUCUUCAACAUCGUGAUUGAUGGCAACUCAUCUCCUCCCACCUCCUUGGGUAUCGAGCCAUCAUACCGCGGUAUCAGCCACUAUAACAACAGUAACAUGGUUCUAGCGACUAGCGCCUUAAAUGAGCUAAGAUCUCAUUUGUCUUUCGCGCAGCUGAGAUUCCACUGCAGAAAACAACUUGGACGUACGUUCCACGUGUCUACGCUCGCUAACAAUGCUGGUGAAGCUGUAGUCAAGUACUUCAGCCGUCAGACAGAUGCCAUGCCCUCCGCGUGUGGAUCAUUUGCACGACUUCCUGGAGACAACUCGGUCCUCGCCAGGAAUUGUUCCAACUGGGGAAAAGACGGUGGCUAUCACAUUGGUAAAUGGGGACAUAAAGGAUGGCAUGAGUUGUAUGAAUAUGCAGCAUUUAUCGCGUUCGAUUAUCAUUGGGCCCCUAAUCCAGCCUUUGAAGACGACAGAAUGGAAUGUGAUGAUCGUGGAACUGUUGUCUCUCCUGGAGACUUCUGGAAGAUUUAUGUGCGUUAAACCACUUCAUACAAUCCUGGGAAUUUAGAAUUCAUCAAUGGGACAUUGUAUCAACUGUAAACGGAACACUAAUAAGACGUUAUUUGUUACAAUACUUUGCGUCUCAUAGUGUCUUGCAUUAGUAUACUAGAGGAAUUUUACUAAUGGCUGGUGUUGUACGAUAGCUUAGCUAAUCAGAUUGGAGUAUUUGCAUAAGUGCACAAGCAAAAUUCUACUGAAACUCAACAGGAACAUAUAACUAACAAAAGCUACAGGCAUAUUGAUAGCACAAGCAGAGAAAAUCCACAUUAUGAUAAUGGGAAAUAAACGAGUAAGUUUUCCACUCUUUUUCUCACAGUGUUCAUUUAAAAAAAGAAAACGUUUUAUCCAGGUCCAUGAAACAAAACAGGCAAAAGCAGAAAAUCGUUUCAAGGCACUUUCAACUUUCCCAGAAGAUUAAAGGGUUUGUACCCCGGAGUUUAUAUUAAAAGACAACCCGAAGCGGUGGCUUCGAGCCUCCACUCGAAAUUAAAUCAGCCAUGGUCAGCAGAUGUUUUUGUCGGCCUGUUAAUUAUGAUGCGAACCUUUGAAAAAAAAAAAACUGUUUAAACAAAAUCGUUCUCCUUAAAAGUGAAAAAUAAAAGUGAAAUGGCGACUAGUAACGAUGUGAAAUAAUCUAAACGUAUCUGAACCUCUCACGGACACUCGCCUUUCAUUCCUCAUAAGUCAAAAUUAGUUUUUGGCACAAAAGGGUUAACAAGGUUUUAGCACAGCAGGAAAAAACUGCUCGUUCGCGAACUGUCAACCUUUCUCAAUGCAGUCUACCGGUUAGACCGGUUAAAUGUCUUGAUGUGCUAUUAAAUUCUUAGAAAUAACUUUAAAGGCUACAUACGGUAGUACAGAGUAUGUGUAUUGCAUCCUGAAAACUGUGUGAUGAUUUUGAGCUUAACUUUGUCUCGUAAAAUCAGAGGGCCGGGGUCCACAGGGAGCAGAUGUUUGAUGAUUCAUGUUAAUUAUUAACAAAAGUGUUCGACAAACAUUUCUGGCCUAACUUCGUCAGUUUGUAAGGAAAUCUCUUUACAAGUGAAAGAUGGUAAUGAAAGGAAACACGAAAAAUUCGCGAAAGAAUCUAAAUUGACUUUAGUAGCAUCGUACAAAAUCAAUCAAUCAAUAAAAUGAUUAAAUGGUUUUGACACAGCAGGGGAAAACGGAUCGUUCUCGAACAACCAACCUUUCUCAAUGCAAGUUUACUAGUCUAAAUUUGAGUGAAAGUGUGAACGUGAAAGAAAGACAAGCAAAAUUGAGAAAGCAUCUUAAUUUUAGUAGCAUCGAACAUCUAACAAAAUUAGACUCGUUUAUUAAUUUAAAAGGUGCUGCUUCUUUCAUGUCAGAUACUCAAAAUGACACAAAGAUAAAAGAAAGCCGAUUUUAAUUUCAAGGCACAAAUUACCAGCUACAAUACAAUUAAUACAAUACCAGUCAAACGGAACAAGUCAAGCAGCUCCAGCUAACUUCAGCGCUCUCAAAAGCUAAAAUUCAAGCAGAUACUGACUCGCUGAUCUUUAAUUUAAUGACAUAUGGCUAGUCUGUGGCUAAAUCAGUUCAGGGUUGUGGUUGUGAACAUUCUGUCAGUUUUAUUUGCGAUGGCUAACAAAGACUUUUGCGGAAGCCUUUUUGAAAGUCAUGUGGGUGAGUAAACCAAAUAGAAACUAACACGUCUCUUAUUUUCUUACUAACUAUUAUUUUCACAUGGAACUUCCUUUUCUUCUGCUUCCGCUGUCAGCUUGUAUUUUCUGUUUGUUUGCAUGAAGAAAACGUACGCCGGCCGGUCUACUUUUUGAUUUCAGACCAUACGUUAGUUGACCACGCCAUGGGUAAAGCUGUUGUUGUCGACGAGUUUGCAUGUCUGCAUAAAUGCAUCGAAAAUCACAAGUGCAAGUCGCUGAACGUUCAGUCCAGUGGCAACAAGUCAGAGGUUAUUUGCGAGCUAAACAACAAAACACGACAGAUGACGCCAGAUGCUUUUCAACGGAAACAAGGAUCUACAUACUACGGCUCUGUUGAGGCAAGUGGCAUUAAAUGGGAUCCUGCAUCGAUGGUUCCACAGAUCAGGAUAAACGAAGUGCAGACUGCCAUCCAGGGUACAAAGGAGAACGAUGCCAAACCCCUGUUGUUAGUCUUAUUUUGUAAACAGCAACAAACAUACUGUUCAAAUAGACAGGUGAAACCUAAGGGACGGAGAUUAACACGUAACGUUAAGCGUAGAUUUUCAAUUUCAGUCAGACGAGGUUGGUUUUCACAUCAGCCAGGUCAUUCAUGCAAAGACAUCCGGGACUCUGGAGAUGCCAAAGGAGACGGGGAGUACUGGAUCGACCCCGAGAACAAUACAAAUUCUUUAUUAGUGUACUGUGACAUGACCACUGACGAUGGUAAGUUAGGGCCCGGACGCACUUGGCGAAUUUUUGUUUAUUUUGCAAAAGUAUUUGUCAUCAGUUCCGUUCUACACGUUUGCACAGUGUUUUUGUUCCUCCAAAAAUUUUGUCAAACCGUACCAAACUUCAAAGGCGCCGUCGUCCUGCCUCGGAGCAGGAAAAAUUUUUGUUAAGCGUCAAAACUGUCAGAUUUUACAAUUUGCAGGCGUUAAUCUGAUUGAAAAUGUCAAUCAAGUAAAUUUGAUUUUGCUUUUUAGAGUCUAUACAUUCAAUGCUAUUGACACUUGUGGUUAUCAAAUAUUUUGAUGUUUUCAAGUGCGUACGCGAUUACCAAAUUCAAAAUUUGGUGGAGACAAAAUUUGUCGACAUUUUUGGCAGACCCAAACAAAUCUUGCAACCUAGUGCGUACGGUACCUUGAACGAUUUUCUGUUUUAGUAAGAGGCGGUGCCUGAAUUUUUAUUGCACCGCCUCAUUUGAUGGGGGAACAACUACAAUUACUACAGUUAGAGAGGUUUUCAUUUGAGUGUCGAAAAGUAAUUGGUUUUGCAUCAUUUACACUUUACGAUUGGCUUAAAAUUAGAAAUACUCAGACACCG